CCACCCAACAUGGCAUCAGGUCAGUAUCCGUCGCGGAUCCAUUCGCUGCCCCCAGUGCUGCUGCUGCUGCUCCUCUUCCUGGGCGUAUCCCUGAGCCAGAGUCCGGUCCGGGUGCCGCCUUUGGAGCUGCAAACGCCCAACUUUGGUGGCGAGAGCUUCGAGCGUUUCGAGGAUGCCACCAAAAACAACAACGACAACAACGACAACAACGACAACAACGAGAGCAGCGAAAUGAAGGAGCAGCUAACGCAGCUGCUGGGAGAAAAACUGGCCAAUGCCUUUGCCCCCUUGGCCGCGACACCCUUCUCGCAGCUUAGCCAGCGCAGGCCCGGCAUUGUGGCACCCACCUCGGGGGCACAGGCCAGGGCUCAGUUUACAGCCGACGACGACUCGGAUUCCGGCGAGCAAGAGGAGUCCCAGGAGGAGGAUGAAAGCUCCUCCAGUGAAGAGGAGGAGCCGGAUGCGGGGCCAGCACCUCCGCUGCAGCUGCAGCCGCAGCCGCAACCACAGCCAGAGGCAGAGGAGGCAGAGGAGGAGCAGGAGGAUUACAACCCGUGGCGUGAUAAUUUCUACGACCUCAACGAAGAUGGGAGCUACAUCUUUGGCUACUCCCUGCCGCAUGGCGUUCGGCGCUGGGAGCGCGGCUUCUACUCGGAGGAGCUGCACAGCCGUGUGGUUGAGGGCUUCUACGUGCAGCCGCGCCUCCUCGGCCAUGGCACGCGCUACGAGCUGCGCUGCUACCGCUCCGACAUCAAUGGCUAUCAGCCACUGGCAGUGGCGUAUCUGAGGCGAGCGCCCAGCGUGCGUCGCAACGAGCAGCCACAGGUUGAUUGCUUCAAUAGCCAUCGAUAGCCAUCGAUAGCCAUCGAUAGCAACACAAGUUGAUCGAGCUGGAAGAACAUUUUAAUUUCAGAUAUAAUUAUAUUUUUUUGUGCACGUUUGUAAAUAAAAGAGA